AUGUCCGCCGAGAAGAAGCAGAAGGCCCACCAGGAGCUGAUCUCGGCCGCCAAGCUGAACCACGACACAGUCGUCGCCAACAUCGCCAAGUACAGAAGCCCGGUCUUCGUCAAGGACAACAAACAGAUGAAGCUGAAAAACACGGCGGCCGAGAAGGACCAGUACGAGUACGUGCCCGGGUCGAUCGUCGACCAGCAGAUGCGAGACUACGAGUUCAUCCAGGCGCCGCUCAACGAGAAGACGGCACUCGAUCUGUGGAGGACCGUUUGGCAGGACCAGACACGUCUGGUGUGCUCGGUAUCGCAGGAGAAUCUGAUCGGCGAGGAGGCGUCGAGCAAAUGCUGGCCAUAUUGGCCACGCAGCGAGGACAAGAGCAUCUCUUAUGAUUUGACCGUCGUCGGACCACCCGAUGAGGACAAAAAAGGCGGCGAGGAAGGCGGUGGUGAUACGGAAGAGCGCCCGGUGACGCUGCUCCACUUCGAGAAGUGGGCGCCGGAGAAGUGGAUGGAUGGGGAGAAUGUGUACCAUCUCGUCAUGGAACUGCACAAUCGCACACAACAGAUUUGUCGCAAGGUGACGGACGGCUACUUCCCGCCCAUCCUCCUCCAGGGCUACGAAGCGCUCGGCAGGACGGCGAUAAUCUGCCUGGGUAUGUGCUUGGCCCGUGAUUGUGAGACCAAGACAAAAUACGAUCCGCCCACCACGAUGCGCUCCAUUGCAAAGAUGCGCCCGGGUGCGUUCAGCAAUCGUCUCCACUGGACGUACGGAUGGGCCCUGUGCUACCGUAUCGCCUACCACACCGGCUGGGCAGGUGACUGGAAAAAGACAGCGGAGGAGAUGCAAAAGGGCCUGGAUGCGGCGAAGCUGAUCCCCGUCGAGCCACGAUUA